AUGCCUCCUACAGUAGCUCUUAAUCUUGAUCAAUAUGAUGAUGAACAAGUUCGGCUGAUGGAGGAAAUGUGUAUUGUUAUUGACAGAAACGAUAGAAAAAUUGGAGCUGAUACAAAGAAGAACUGUCAUUUGAUGGAAAAUAUCAACAAAGGUCUGCUACACCGUGCGUUUUCAGUAUUUCUUUUCAACUCUGAAAACAAGCUCCUACUCCAGCAACGUUCUUUGGACAAAAUCACAUUUCCCGAUCUUUGGACGAAUUCUUGCUGCUCUCAUCCGCUGAAUACUGCCCUUGAGUUGGAAGAGACAGAGCAAUGGGGUGUUCGUCGUGCUGCACAGAGGAAGUUGCAGCAUGAGUUGGGCAUCAAACCCGAACAAGUGCCCUUAGAAAAGUUUGUCUUUUUGACAAGAAUUCAUUACUUGGCUCCGUCUGACGGAACGUGGGGUGAACAUGAAGUCGAUUAUAUCUUAAUAAUUCGUACCGAUGUUGAUUUGGAAGUUAACCCUAAUGAAGUAAAGGCUGUCCAAUAUUUCUCAUUGGACGAACUUAAAGCGAAAUUCAAGAAUCCGGGCGAUUGGAAGUUCACCCCAUGGUUUAAGUUGAUUUCUGAAAACUUGCUGUUUACUUGGUGGCAAAACUUGGACAAUUUGACUCAAUUUAAAGAAGUAGACAUGAUCCAUAAAUUAGUAUCUUAA